AUUAUAUAAAGCAAAAUAUGGAAGACAUCUUGUUCUACACAUCCCUCACUCUUAUCUUCAUCCUAUAUGCCUUCAAGUUCUUGCUCCAACCAAACCGACGUCGUUACAAAAACCUUCCACCAAGCCCACCUUCACUUCCAAUCCUUGGCCAUCUCCACCUCCUAAGACCCCCAGUCCACCGAACCUUUCACCGCCUCUCCCAAAAAUACGGCCCCGUUUUCUCACUCUGGUUCGGCUCACGCCGCGUGGUCAUAGUCUCCUCCCCGUCCGCAGUCCAAGAAUGCUUCACCAAAAACGACAUCGUUUUAGCCAACCGCCCUCGCUUGCUCUUGGGCAAGCACUUAGCCUACAACCACACCACAAUCGCCGCCUCCCCGUACGGAGACCACUGGCGUAACCUCCGCCGCAUCGGCGCCACCGAGAUCUUCUCCACCGCCCGACUCCAGACGUUCUCCGAGAUCAGAAAGGACGAAGUCAAACACUUAUUACUUAAACUCUCACAAAACGCACGUGACGGUUUUGCAAAGGUGGAGCUCAAGUCCAUGUUCAAUGAGCUCACGUUUAACAUCAUAAUGACAAUGGUGGCGGGUAAGAGGUACUACGGCGACGACGUGUCGGUCGACAAAGAAGAGGCCAAGCAGUUCAGGCAGAUUAUGAGCGAUGCGUUCUUUUAUGGAGGAGCAGCGAACCCAGCUGAUUUUUUGCCCAUUUUGAAUUGGGUUGGGAGCGGUGGUUAUGAGAAGAAGGUGAAGACGUUGGCUAAGAGGACAGAUGAGUUCUUGCAGGCUCUGAUUGAUGAGCACAAGAGUAAGGGUAAAAAUGGUACUACAAUGAUUGACCAUCUUCUUUCCCUGCAAGAGUCCCAGCCUGAAUAUUACAACGAUCAAAUCAUCAAGGGCCUUAUUCAGGUAAUGUUAUUAGCGGGUACUGAUACAUCGGCAGUGACACUGGAAUGGACCAUGUCCAAUCUACUUAACAAUCCGCACGUGUUAAAAAAGGCUAGAGUUGAGCUAGAUGCUCAACUAGGCCAAGAAAACUUAGUGAAUGAAGCAGACCUCUCUAAACUGCCCUACCUCCAAAGUAUCAUCUCAGAGACCCUCCGUUUAUGCCCAGCAGCUCCAUUGCUAGUACCUCAUUUUUCGUCCGAUGACUGUACUAUUGGAGGAUUCGAUGUGCCACGUGACACAAUGGUAUUGGUCAAUGCAUGGGCUCUGCAUAGAGAUCCUCAACUGUGGGAUGAUCCUGAAAGUUUCAUGCCUGAGAGGUUUGAAAGUGGUGGCGAUUUGUCCCACAAACUCAUUCCGUUUGGGCUUGGAAGAAGGGCUUGCCCUGGACUAGGCCUGGCCCAACGUGUGGUGGGCUUGACGUUGGGGUCACUGAUUCAAUGCUUUGAGUGGGAGAGAACCAGUAAGGAGGAGAUUGACAUGGCUGAAGGUAAAGGACUCACCAUGCCUAAAGUUGUUCCAUUGGAGGCUAUGUGUAGAGCACGCUCAGUUAUGACCAAGAUGCUAUCUUGAUCUAUGGAAAUAUAUAUUACUUAUAAAUAAUGUCGUAACAAAAUAAGUAAUUAGCUGCAAGACAUGUAUACUCGAGCAUUGUAAUUUUGAAGAAAUAUUUUAUGUCUUCCAAUAAAUAUUCAUUUAACUAGUCC